GUUGUUCCAGAAACCAGCCGGCGUCUUGUUCCUAACUUUUGUUCUUUUCUGUUACAUAUACCCUGAUUGACCGCGACCCGGCUCUUUGUUUACUUCUUCCACCUCCUCCACCCACCAUGCCUGAACCCGCCGCUGCUCCCGCCGCUGCAGCCGAGUCCGCAGCCGCCCGCAAGUCGUCCGCCCCCGCCCCCAGGAAAGUUCGCUUCAAUGUCGGUACACAGUAUCAGGUCCUCGACGUCGUGGGCGAGGGCGCCUACGGGAUUGUCUGCUCCGCAGUCCACCGACCCAGCGGCCGCAAGGUUGCGAUCAAGAAGAUCGCACCAUUCGAGCACUCGAUGUUUUGUCUGCGAACGCUUCGUGAGCUCAAGCUCCUCAAAUUCCUCUCUGAAGCCGGAGUGAGCGAGAAUAUCAUCUCCAUUCUCGAUAUCAUCAAGCCACCGUCGAUAGAAGCGUUCAAGGAGGUUUAUCUCAUCCAAGAGUUGAUGGAGACAGACAUGCAUCGUGUCAUUCGCACCCAAGAUCUCUCUGACGACCACGCGCAAUACUUCAUUUACCAAACUCUUCGUGCGCUCAAAGCCCUUCAUUCUGCCGAUGUCAUCCACCGUGACCUCAAACCCUCCAACCUUUUACUGAACGCGAACUGCGACCUCAAGGUCUGCGAUUUCGGACUUGCGCGGUCGGUCAAGACAGCCGAGCCGUCGGGCACUGAGACGGGUUUCAUGACGGAAUAUGUGGCCACACGGUGGUACCGGGCUCCCGAAAUUAUGCUGACGUUCAAGCAGUACACCAAAGCGAUCGAUGUAUGGUCGGUCGGAUGUAUUCUCGCUGAGAUGUUAUCCGGAAAGCCGCUUUUCCCGGGGCGCGAUUACCACCACCAGCUCACGCUCAUUCUGGACGUGCUUGGCACACCAACACUGGACGAAUUCUACGCCAUCACCACUCGCCGCUCGCGAGACUAUAUUCGGGCGCUACCGUUCCGGAAGCGACGGCCGUUUGCCCAGCUGUUCCCGAAUGCUAAUCCUCUGGCCGUCGAUUUUUUGACUAAAACCCUGACGUUCGACCCGAAGAAGCGCAUCACCGUUGAGGAUGCAUUGGCACACCCCUAUCUCGAGGCCUACCAUGACCCUGAUGAUGAACCUGUUGCCCCUCCGCUGGACCCAGAGUUCUUUGAGUUUGACUUGCACAAGGACGACAUCAGCAGAGAACAGCUGAAAGAGUUGUUAUACGAGGAGAUCAUGUCGUUCAAUCCACCUCCCAUGACAUAGACGCAGUCGCCUGUCAUGGUCGAUAUCUGCGGUUCGGCAUACUUUCCAGCAUGCUGUGUCUUGACGACUGAUCUAGUCAAUACUAGCAUGCAGGAUUCAUAAGAUUGUUGGUUUCCUGGGCGUCAUCUCCUUUUCUCUAUCUCUCCACCCAACCUUACUCUCCGCAUCAGAUUGUGUCCGUGACGGUCGCUAUCUGUUACUAGCUCUCCUCUGUACAUUUAUCAUACAAACCUCUCAAACACCUCAUCAAUCUACGAAAUCAUGAAGUGCAGUUCGAAGGACACACG